UUUUCACCCGGGCCAUCCAUCAAUAUAAGCACAUCCAGGCUCCACCGAUGCAGCAACCAACACUCCAGCAAAUACGUACAGACACAUAGAUCAAACAAAAGUGAAACGCCAAUGGCCUCCAGUUUGCUGAUAAUCAUACUCCCGGGUGCCACUAUAGCUCUUGGCGCUACUGCUUUUUGCUUCUACUCUUGGUGCCUAUCAAUCGGGAAGAAACUUGAGAAAGGCAAGGUCGAAGCUUCUAUUGAUCUGGAAGACCCGGUAAGCCAUCAGUUAAUCUCUCAUGUCGAUCUUGUCCGCGCCACAGAUAAUUUUAGUGAAGAUAACAUGUUGGGAUCUGGGGGCUUUGGAAAAGUUUUUAAGGGCCAACUGAGCAGCGGUUUGGUGGUUGCAAUAAAGGUUCUCGAUAUGCGGUCCAAGCACAGCGUUAAGAGCUUUGACGCGGAAUGUCGUGUGUUCCGCAUGGCGCGUCACCGCAACCUGAUACGGGUAAUUAACACAUGCUAUAACAUGGACUUCAUAGCACUGGUGUUGCAGUACAUGCCCAACGGCAGCUUAGACAUGCUACUUCACCACUCAGAAGAUGGGGCAAGACAAUUCGGGUUUCGUGAGAGGUUAGGCGCUAUGCUUGACGUAUCAAUGGCAAUGGAGUAUCUGCACCAUGGAUACCAUGAAGUGGUUUUGCAUUGUGACUUGAAGCCUAGCAAUGUAUUGUUUGAUGAGGACAUGACUGCACAUGUGGCAGACUUUGGCAUUGCAAGGUUACUACAAUGUGAGGAUAGCUCAACGAUCUCUUCAAACAUGCCUGGUACAAUUGGAUACAUGUCACCAGAGUAUGGGUCAUAUGGAAAAGCAUCACGACUGAGUGAUGUGUUUAGCUACGGAAUAAUGCUCCUUGAAGUUUUUACUGGAAGGAAGCCUACAGAUGCUAUGUUCGUCGGAGAACUAAGCCUUAGGCGAUGGGUUUACCAGUCAUUUCCCGCAGAGCUGACCCAUGUCGUUGAUGCCCGGCUACUGCAAGGCUCCUCCUCAAGUUGCAACUUGCACGCUUCGUCGUUGUAGUGCCGGCGGCGCCACCCUCCGCGCACCACGAGGACACCUCCUUGUAGUCCAGCUCACAUCACGAACCUUCCGCAAGACCGAAGAUUGCUGCAUCACAGUGCCAAUGAUCCUUCAGCCAUCUCGUUUGCAGCGCCGCAAUAGUCGACAAGGUGCUGCAUCGCCCUCGGCUUGCAGCGCCGGCAACAGUCGACGAGCUGCUGCAUCACCGGCUUACAGCGUCGGCAACAAUCAACGAACAAAAACAUCGCCUUGGUGAGCUCCGACGUGCGGGGCGGCAAAGGGCAGGCAGCGGCAACUCCUCACGGGAAGGAAGAUUUGGCAGAGGGGGUCGAAUUCGAUGGUGAAUAGGAAGGCCGGGCUACUAGAGGGUUUUCUGGUUGAAGUAGGCGGCGGUGGUGGUGCUCAUCGUGGGGGCCUCUCCUCUUGUCAGGCAUAGACCUUGACGCAUGGUUUGAUAGAGGAUGUAGGCGCAAGGGGGUUCAUCAACAUCUUUUUGUUCAGAUAUUUCUUAGGGAGUGUCUAGAACUCAUCUAGAUGAGUUAUAGUUUGGUAUCAUUCACCUUACCUCAGCUGUCUUGGCCCUAUUUCGGUUGUUUCCCAAACUAGGUUCUCGUAAUUCUCCCCAUUAGCCCAUUUAAGUUUUUUUAAACUAGACUAUUUAAGUUUUAUUAUGUGUUGUCUGUUGUAAAAUUAUGUAGGGACUUUUCACACUGA